AUGGAUCAACAGGGUCAAUCCGGUGUCCCCGGCCCCGCAGGGCGCAAGCUUCACAUCGCUCACAGAAGAAGUCCCUCGGAGCUCACACCCCUCAUGAUGGAGCAAUUGGCCAUUCAGCAACAGAUUGAGCUGCUUCAGCAGCAACAACAACAGAUCGCAGCUACGCAUCAGCAAUAUGUCAACAUGGGUCUGUUACAACCACAGCAGCUGGGUCAAGUUUCGGCAUUCUCUCCCUCUCUGCAAAGCGGGGCUUCCAUGGGAGGAGUUUCCCCGCAGAUCAAUGCCUUCCAGUUUCCGCAACUGGCUCAGCAACAACUUGGCGUCGGAUUGAACGCACCUGCCCAGCAUUCGCAUCGACGGAAUCAGUCGGCUCUUCCCGGUUUGGGAAUGGGACCUCCACCAGCUCCAUCCUCAGGAGCGUCGGGUUACUCGGACUAUAACCAACAACAGAGCCAUCAGCCAAAGAAUGAGAAUGGGGGUCAUGGGCGUGGCCAAAGAGGUCCUCCUGGUGGCGGUGGUCAUCAGAGACGUCACUCGCUUGCACUUCCUGAGGCCAAAAAGGCCGCUGAGCUUGCGCAACAGAAAAGGACGGCAUCUGGUUUCCAGUUCCCCGCUCCCUCUGGCGAUUCUUCUGAUGCUGCGCAGAGCUCAGACGGCAAGUCAACCCCACCCGCUACACAGGCUCCCCAAGGUCUAGGUAUGCAUCGAGCCGGUAACAUCCGCGCUGGCGGUCAUGGUCGUAGUCAGUCAAUGGCUGUGGGUGGAAAUCGAGGCUCUCUGUCGGGUCGCGGCGCCGGUGGCUUCCAGUUCCCUGCUUCCAAUGACAGUGGUUCUGAUAAUCAACGCCGUGGCAGCCAGCCCGGUCACGCUCGGUCUGGAUCAAGGAACUUUGAUAGCAACUGGCGCCAGCCUAAUAACCAAGCUCAAAGCCAGGAUCAACAGAAGAGCUUUGGACAGCAAGGCAGUGGCUUCCAGCCUGGACAUCGUGCUCGUGCAUCCAUGAACCAGUCGAUUGGUUCCAUUGGGCAGUUCCAAUACCCUGCACAGCCCCAGCUCAUUCAACUGCCACAAGGCCAGGUCAUGAUGGCUCCGCAGAUGUUUGGUGGCCAACAACAACUGAACCCCCUGCAACUUGCCCAGCUCCAGGCUCUGCAACAGAAUGGUCAGCUCAGUGGUCAGGGCCUCGGGCUUCAGGCUAGUCAGCACGCUCCGCCGCAGCUUUCUGCUCAACAGCAGCAGCAACAGCAGCAGCAGCAGCGGAAAACCCUCUUCACUCCUUAUCUGCCCCAGGCAAACCUUCCUGCUCUCUUGAGCAAUGGCCAGUUGGUCGCUGGUAUACUCCGUGUAAACAAGAAGAAUCGUUCUGACGCCUACGUCACCACACCAGACCUAGAUGCCGAUAUCUUCAUCUGUGGAAGCAAGGAUCGUAACCGUGCUCUUGAGGGAGACUAUGUUGCAAUCGAGCUUUUGGAUGUAGAUGAGGUAUGGGCUCAGAAGAAAGAAAAGGAGGAAAAGAAGAAGCGCAAGGACAUCACAGACGCCCGUUCCGGUAGCAAUGCUGGAAAUGAUAAGCUGUCUCGAUCUGAUUCCGGCGCCAACGGCGACCGCCAGGAGGUCGGCCCUGACGGCAGUAUCCGUCGACGUGGCAGUCUCCGUCAGCGACCAACCCAAAAGAAGAACGAUGAUGUCGAGGUUGAGGGUCAGAGUCUUCUCCUGGUUGAGGAAGAUGAGAUCAGUGACGAGCAGAAGCCCCUCUAUGCGGGACACGUCGUCGCCGUCAUCGAGCGCAUUGCUGGACAAAUGUUCUCAGGAACCUUGGGCCUCCUUCGUCCCAGUAGCCAGGCGACGAAGGAGAAGCAGGAGGCCGAGCGACUCGCCAGAGAUGGUGGUCACGGUCGCCAACAGCAGGACCGCCAGCAGGAUAAGCCCAAGAUCGUGUGGUUCAAGCCCACCGAUAAACGUGUUCCUUUGAUCGCCAUCCCCACCGAACAGGCUCCUCGCGACUUUGUUGAAAAACACCAGGAGUACGCCAAUCGAAUCUUUGUUGCAUGCAUUAAGCGAUGGCCAAUCACAUCUCUGCACCCCUUUGGUACCCUUGUCGAACAGCUUGGUGAGAUGGGCGACUUGAAGGUGGAGACCGAAGCUCUGCUGCGGGACAACAACUUCGGUGGGGACGAAUUCUCCGACGCUGUUCUCAAGAGUAUCGGUUGGGAAGACUGGUCAGUCGCCAGUGAGGGUGACGCUCUGCUCGCCUCCCGUCGGGACCUGCGCCAGGAGACGACUUUCACCAUCAAUCCUACCGGAGCCAAGCAGAUUGACAACGCGUACCACAUCAAGCCUCUUGCGGAUGGCAAGGUGGAGAUUGGUAUCCAUGUCACGGAUAUCGCUCACUUCGUCAAAGCCAACUCCCUUGUUGAUCGGGAGGCCAAGAAGCGAGGCACGGCUGUUUACCUCAUGAACAGACUUGUGAACAUGCUCCCCACCCGCGUAUCUACUGAACUGUGUGCCCUGCUGCCAGGCGAAGAUCGGUUGACAGUCAGUGUCAUCAUCAAAGCCAACCCAGAAACAGGUGCUAUCGAGGAUGACGUUUGGAUCGGCAAGACCAUUAUCAAGAGUUCCGGUCGCCUCAGCUAUGAUGAUGUCAAUUCUAUUCUUCAGGGAACUUCAAACGUUGCCGCUCCCGGUGUCGCCGCUGACACUGUCAGAGCCCUUUAUGCUGUCACUUCACGAUUCAAGGAGGCUAGAUUCGGCAAUCGGAUUUCACAAAUCCCUCCCCUCCGCCUUUUGUACCAGCUCGAUGACGAGAAUGUGCCCGUUGAGGGUAAUAUCUUCGACUCUUCUCCUGUCCGUGAGAUGGUUGAAGAACUCAGCUUCAAAGCCGAUUCCUUGGUAGCCCGUCGCUUGGCCGCUGCUUUGCCGGAUAGGGCCUUCCUCCGCCGCCAAACCCCACCCAACGUCCGUCGUCUUCAGCUUUUCGUUGAACGGAUGAACAGACUUGGGUUCGGCUUGGACCCAACCAGCAGCGGGACCCUGCAGAGCAGUCUCUGCAAGGUCCAAGAUGAUGAUUUGCGCAAGGGUAUGGAAACGCUUCUCAUGAAGUCAAUGCAACGUGCCAAGUACUACGUGGCUGGCAGCACAUCUGACGACCAGCGACAACACUAUACACUUAAUUUGCCAGUAUAUACACACUUCACCAAUCCAUCUCGCCGUUACGCGGAUAUGCUCGUCCAUCGUCAGCUGGAGGCUGUUCUCUCCAACGGUGCUAUUGAGCUCUCGGAGGAUCUGGAGUCGCUUAACAAGACUGCCGAUCUUUGCAACAACAAAAAGGACUCCGCACACAAUGCCCAGGAGCAAAGUGUUCACAUCGAAGCCUGCAGAAGCAUGGACAAAAUCCGCCAAGAGCAUGGCGGUGAUCUCAUUAGCGAGGGUAUCGUUCUCUGCGUUUAUGAGUCUGCCUUCGAUGUUCUCAUCCCAGAAUAUGGAUUUGAGAAGCGUGUCCACUGUGAUCAGCUGCCUUUGAAGAAGGCCGAAUUCCGCAAGGAGUCGCGUGUGCUGGAGCUUUACUGGGAGAAGGGGGUGCCAUCCUCUGCUUAUAUCCCUGAGGACGAGCGGCCGAAGCCUGCCAACUCUCGCGCGGCUCAAGCUGCUGCUGCUGCCCGCGAAGCUGAGGCUGCACGUGAGCGUGCUCGCGAGCGCGAAGAAGCCAUCCGUAGACAGACUGAGACUGGCACCAUGUCGCAUGAUGACGUGGACGCUCUAUUCGAUGAUGAUGAUGACGUUUCCGAAGUCACCGAGAUGGCUGCGGGUGUUUCAUUGAACUCCGCUGUUGACCGUUCCACCCAGAGCAUGCCACCUUCGCCUACUCGCAAUGGCCAUCUCCCUCAGGCGCCUCAUCGGACACGUUCUGACCCCAAGAUUGCGACCAUCAGUGGCGAUGCUCCUGAAGCUAAGUUGACGAACAAGGAGAAGUAUCUCCGGCUGUUCAGGCUUAGGGAGGAGGAUGGAGAGUACAUCCAGGAUGUCACCGAGAUGUCUCGGGUGCCCAUCAUCCUAAAGACUGAUUUGAGCAAGAGCCCACCAUGCCUUACUAUCCGCUCUGUUAACCCCUACGCGCUGUAA